GCGUUAUUGUCCAUUUGAAUAUGCCAGUGUUGAACUAAUUUCACUAUUGUGUGCUAAAAUAAGUGAUUUAAAAAGUGUUGGUUGAAUCAAAAAUGUCACCAAAUAACCAGUCUUGUCGCGUAUGGUCAAGAUUUGAAGGACAUAGAAAAAACGGUAGUGUUUUAAAAUUACGGAUUCAAGAACCGCCAAGUACAGCGCAAGAACGAGUGCUAGAUUUUGUAGCAAAAUAUUUUGUUACAGAAGAAACGUUUCAAAAAGCAGCAGGUAUAUAUUCUAAUCCCGAUGCUAUAGUCGAAUAUCGAGAAAUUUUACAUGAAGUAUUAAAAAGUUGGGUCGUCGUAAUUUGUUGUGAAGAUACUGAAGAAGUGGGUGAAAUUCUUGGUGUAUCUGCGAUAGAGAUGGUUGAAGAUAAAUCAUUCGGAGAAAUACCAAUUCAGACUAAGGAACUACAGAAUUUAAUAAGAAUAAUGAUAGAGUGCGAGAAAUUAGUGAAGCCGUUGAUGAAAGGAUUUGCAGUCCAUCACGAUGGAAGGGGAAUCACUGUACACCCUGACUAUAGAGGUCUUGGUAUCGCAAGUGAAUUUGUAAAGAUAAGGAGACUUAUGGUAAACGAACAAAAUGUUUCAAUGUCGUGUGCGUGGAUGACGUCAUAUGGUUCUCAAAGAGCAGCAGAGAAAGACAACUGGGAGACGUUGUUUGAGAUAGCGCCUGAAGAAUUGGGACAAAAAUGCGGAGUAGUCUUCAAAGAUCCACCUCUGACGUUUAAAUUAAUGUUUGUAAGGAGUUCUAAGCAAUAAUGUUAGUAGUUAAAAUGUAUAUUAUGUUCAAUAAAAGUUAAUUCUCUUUU